UUAUUCGGUUGUGAAUGAUUGUGAGGACGCGGCGGUUAGCAACGUACCGUAUGUGUCGAAGUCCCGUUAGUUGUCUUUAUCAAAGUCAUUGUUUUCUUAAAACAUGCUCGAGUGUUGUACAACUUGACAAUAAAACGGCGUAAGAAAAGUUUUGAAAAAAGAAUAAACAGUGAAGAAGGUUAAUUUAAGGAUAUAAUCAUGUUUUACGCACACUUUGUGUUAGCCAAAAAAGGGCCAUUGGCCCGAAUUUGGCUAGCUGCUCAUUGGGAUAAAAAGUUGACGAAAGCUCAUGUUUUUGAAACCAAUAUUGAAAAAUCUGUAGAUGGUAUUUUACAACCUAAGGUAAAAAUGGCGUUACGUACAUCGGGUCAUUUACUCUUAGGAGUAGUACGCAUAUAUUCACGCAAAGCAAAGUAUUUACUAGCUGAUUGUAAUGAAGCAUUUGUUAAAAUCAAAAUGGCAUUUCGGCCAGGAAUGGUUGAUUUACCUGAAGAACAUAGAGAAGCAGCAGUUACAGCUAUAACAUUACCAGAAGUGUUUCACGAUUUUGAUACAGCUAUGCCUGAAUUGAAGGAUGUUGAUAUUGAAGCACAAUUUAGUUUAAAUCAGUCCAGAGCAGAAGAAAUUACAAUGAGAGAAGAUUAUGGUAGUCUUUCUUUAGUAACGCAUGAUCAAGGAUUUGGUGAUAUGAGUUUUGAUGCAGAACCACCUGAAUUACUUCGUCAUGCUGGUUCUAUAGAACCGUCGUUAGAUCAGAGCCAUAUGCUAUUCAGCGAUGGACCAGGUAUAGAAACAACGUUGGAACAGAAAGAGAAAGAACCAGUUGCGGGAACAUCAGCAGCUCCACAGGCUAUGGAUAUAGACACACCAAUUAGAGAUGAUGGUUUCGGUGGUCAUCUUGGUCAAGAUAUUAUAUCUGGAGGCCUCUUUGAAGGAGGAUUAUUUGAUGAAGCUCCAAUGGGUGAAGUUCCUGUACCUGAAGUUAGUUCAAUCACAGAACAGCAAGAAGCUACUGCAGCACCAGGAGCUGCAGUUUCUGUUCAUGAUGAAUCUGAGGAAGAUAUGGGCGAUCAUUUUGGACCAGCUGCAUCUCCAAUGGGAGCAAUGAGUUCUGAUGGCUCAAGGCCAGCUAGCCCAGCAGUAACGGGAGAAGAAAUUGAAGGAAGAAUUAGUGUUGCUAGUCGCCGUUUUACACCUGCUCCUCCAACUGCUCCUGAAGAACAUCCAAUGGAUAUAGCGGAAGAACCACAACCCAUGCAAGAUCAGACUACGUUAUUACACGAUGAAGAAGAGAGCUUUGCUCUUGCACCUGUAGAUGCAUCAGCACUUAAAGGCUUUACAAAAGCUAAAAGAAAACGUAAACUCAUCGUGGACGAAGUAAAAAAUAUUUCUGGUGAAGAAAUGAAAGCACAACUCUCUGAUACUAGUGACAUCGUAACAACAUUAGAUUUGGCACCACCAACAAAACGUUUGAUGCAUUGGAAAGAAACAGGUGGAGUGGAGAAACUUUUUGCUUUACCAGGAAGGCCGAUACCAGCUCGUGCAUUGUUCAAAAAUUAUCAACGACAUUUAACGAGCAAAUCUUACGAUCAUGAAGACUUUGGACGAUUAGGAGUAGAAGAAGAAGGAUUAUCUUUGGAACAAAUGAGGGACAACACUGAAGCAGACGCGGCUGCCUUUGAACAGAGUGUUCUUAGUAAAAGGAUGGCUCGCAAACGAAAAGCUCCACCAGAAGAAGAGCCACGACCAGCACCUCCACCACCAAUGCCUGCAGUAGAAGUUAGUCAACCUUCAAUUACCACUGAAGCAGUAGAAGUUCCAAGCAUAGUUCCUCCAACUGUUCCAUCAGCUGAAUCACCAGUUCCUCCAGAAGUAACAUUGCCAACAGAACCAUCCGUACCAGAAAUUAGUGGUAUUGCACCUUCAGUUGAAACUACAGAAGUUCCUGCAACUCAAUCAGAAACACCCUCAUUGGGUUUAGAAAUACCUCAAAUACCUCCAGCUGAAGUUAGUUCGAUUCUCGGAGCAGCCGAAGAAGAAGCAGUACCACCUACACCUGCACCUUCUACCGAAGUCCCUGCUAUAUCACCUACAACCAUGCCACAGAUGGAGAAUAUUGGUUACGAUCAGGGCCAACCACAAGUAUCAUAUGUAGGCUAUGAUGAACAACAUCCACCUGCACACACACCUGGUGCUAUUUCUGAAAGAGGACCAGCAACACCAUGGAAUCACGAAGAUUAUGAAUUUCCUCCUUCCGUGGGACCACAAGAGGAACAACAAGUGGAUGAAACCUAUGAGCAAUUUGAAGAACGAGUGCUUAAUAAAAGAGCAGCACAUAUGUAUCAUGUCAUUAAAAGUAAACUGGAUACCAAAGACAGAUUAUCUCUAUCAGAAAUGGCAUAUAAAAACAAUCGUAAACAGGCUGCACAAAAAUUCUAUACCCUCUUAGUAUUGAAAAAAUUCCAAGUGUUAGAAUUGAAUCAAGAAUAUCCCUAUGCCGAAAUCAUAGUCACUAAAGGACCAAAAUUCGAAAAUCCUGCAUUAUAAAAGUAUUAUGUACUUUUAAUUAAUGUCAUAACACAUCUUGUCUGCUAACAUUUCUAGUGAAAGGACAAGGAUAUAUCAUCUCAAACUAUAAAAGAGAUGUAAAAGUAUAUUGUCUACAAUUUUGUGUAGAUGAACUGUAAAAAGUGUAUGCAAAUAUCUAGCAUGUUGUCAAGAUUCUGUAAUAUCCUGGGAGAACUUGAAGAGUGUAAAUGUUCGACAAAUCAUGUUUUAACUUUGUAAAUAACCGAAGAAAUUAGCGAACGAGUUUAAAUACGUCUAUUGCGUAUAGCUUUUAUAAAGGGCUGUCAACUGAACGAAUUCAAUUAUUUUGUGUGAUAUAAAUCAUUGGAUGAUAGAAACAAAUCCUUGAAUUACAGCAUAUAAUAAAUUCACUAAAAUGUUAAUUAAAUAUGCCUUAUAAGAAGGUAAAGCGUUCAUGGAACUUGGGUCACCACUUAUGACAAUUAAUUGUGCCAAUAAGUAUUAUAAUCGUUUUCUUUUAAUUGAGAAACUUUAUCGAAAACUUAAUGACACAGUUGAUAAAGAAAAAUAAAAUAAGACGGAGAUCCAAGUUCAUAUUCUAAAUAAAAUCAAUUUCGUUAUACAUAAUUUCUUAUCGGCAUUUCUUCGUUUUUUACAAAUAAUAGAAUAAUUCAAAGUUCCAGGAAAUGAUGCAGAAAGAAGGCAAAAUGUGGUAAAGCUAAUAACUUUUUGCAGUAUUUGCAGAUUUUCGUUUAUCAUAUUUUCUUUUUAUGAAUGUUUGAUGCUCAACAAAAAAAAAAAUCAGGAAAAAUAUAAGUUUUUGUUUAUAACAUUUACAUUUUAUGCGAUAACGUAAAUAGAUAUCAAUAAAAAAUAAAAUUAAAAAAUUACUUUACAUAAAUUUUUUUUUGUUAUAUAUUGGUUUAUAUAUAUGAAAAUAAAUCCAAAUUAUUACCAAACUAACAUAAUUCUAACUAAUCUAUUGGUUAAUCAGGAAAGCUAUAUAUUGGAAACAAAAUAUCAAAACAUUCUAACUUUUUACUUUUAUAUUAAAUUUUUUUUUUUAGAUGAGAUUAUUUUUCUAAACCGUGUGUAUUGUAUAAGAAUUAUAUUGCUAUAAAUCAUAAUUAUCAAAGAUCUACAUAAAAUAUUAUUUUCUAGACAAAAACAAUAUAUUACAUUAAUUUAAUUAAUAUACUGACAUUAUGAAAAAAAAAAAACAUAAAUAAAAAUGAUUUACUAAUUUAUUGUUGUAUACCUAUACUUUGUGCUACAAGGAUGUUAUAUUCUAACAGAAAAAAAAUAUAUUUUACCAAAAUAACGUAUAAAUGAUACUAAUUUGUUAAAUAUGAUCAUAACAUACCAUUGUAAAUAAACAUGAAUUGUAAUUGAUAUAAGAAUAUCACUAUAAUCAUGGAUACACAUAUUACAUCUGAAAAACAUUUUUUAAACUGAGUAAAUCAACUGCCACAGCCUGAUCCAACACUGUAGUGUAAAUAAUCUCAUUAAUAAUAUAUAUAUUAUAUUAAAUGUCUGCUAAAAACAAAUAUUUCUUUAAUGAUGAUUUUAUGAUAUCGAUUAUCUGUAGUGUGCACCAAACAAAUAUUUUUUAUUAUGCGUCUUUUACAAGACAUUGAAAUUAACAAUAAUUUUGUUUUUAAACAAAAUACAAUCUUCAACAAUUUGUUAAAGCAAAUUUUUUAUAAUUUUUUUUUCAUUAAUUUUAUGCACAAUGAGAUAAUGAAGAUCAUGAAGUCAGGCAUUACAGUUUAUAUUUUGGCUCCUAAAGCACAUAUCAUAUAGUCCAUUCGAAUUUAUACAAAAAAUCACUUUAUUCUUUAUAUCAAUGUUUAUUCAUUUUAUUUAAAACGAUUAAAAAUGUUCUUCAUAUUAAUUAUAUAUACGAAUCUAAUAAAGUUCUGUUUCUUUAUGUAUAUUUGCAAUAAGAAUAUGUAAUACAGUAUGAGUUGGAGUAUUUGCAGAUAAAAUGAAUUAAAUUAUAUAUAAUGCAGACAUUACAAGUUAGACUGCUAAUGUGAAAAGUUUAUAGAAACGAUAGAUUAUAUCUUUGAGUUACAAAUAUUAUGUUCAAAAAAUACAAAUAAAAUAAAAAAAAAACAUAUAUAUAUAUAUAUAUAUAUUCAAUUGAUUUAUUUUAUGCAUAUGUAUAUUAUAAUUAAAAGGAAUAUUUUUAAGAGCUGCAUGCAUCUAAUUCAUUAAAAUGGCAAAUUAAUUCCAAUUCAAUACUGUGAAAUUAUAUCAAAUAAUAUACAAAAUAUAUUAAAAA